AAUCGGAAUAUAUUUAGUCAAAACUGUCAACAAUAUUCAAGAAGUCUUUAGUGUUCUCAGUACGUACCUCCAAGACCAUCUACCUAGCUUAUAUUCUAUUACCACAAGGUAGCAGAAUGAGUCGUACGCUCCUGGUGUUAUUACUCAGCUGUUUGUCCGUUCUAGUGAUUUGUAUCGAGAUUGAAGACGAGAAAUCUCAAUGUACACUGCAAAGCGAUUCAAACUGUCAGCAGUAUUGGUCUGUGCGCAGGCGCAAUAUGACUUGUCACGUUUCUGAACGUUACCGCAGCUGUGACCAGCUGUGUCACGCAGGAAAGUGCAAUAUCUCUUGUAUUGCUCCAGAGCAAUGCCGACAACGAUGUUAUGCCGGCUCGUGCGAUUCAAUGGAAUGCAAUUCAAGAAAAUGCCGUCAGCAUUGUCUGAGAAGUGAGUGCAACCUUAAAUGUAAUAGUAAGCAUUGUAACCAAGAAUGCGAUGUUGCAGGAUGCCAAAUGACUUGCAGUCCUGGGACAGAACUCUGUAUUCAGACAUGCAAGGCUGGGAAAUGUCUAAUGAGAUGCCCUCGUGGUGUGAAGUAUUGCAAGCAGACAUGUAACUAUGGAAACUGUAUAAUGUUGUGUCAAGCGGAGCGGUGUUUACGAUCCUGUCGCGAGGGAAGAUGUAUAUAUAACGUUCCUCGAGAACCCGUUCACCAAGUGGCUGUCAUAGAAAACUGUAACUACGGUUUGGUAAACAAGACCUGUUUACAGGAAUGUAUACGUGGAUAUUGUAACAUUUUUAAUAACGAUCCUCAACACAAUCACAGUCAAAUUUGCUUCGGAGGGCAUUGUUACCUCGAUUGCAAUGAUUACCAUAAAUGUAGUCAAGUGUGUAUCGGGAAAGGAUGCAAAAAGUUAACCUGUAAAUCUGGAGUCUGCAUACAGGAAUGUGUUGCGGGGGGAUGCGAAAUGGAAUGCGUGUCGGAAAAAUGCAGCCAGAUUUGCCGAGGUGGUGGAUGCAUUAUGAAGUGUUUGUCACACGAUACUAGGAUCUGUCAGCAAUAUUGCACUGGUGGGGGAUGCAAGAUGAUUUGCAAUGCCGAAAAUUGCAGUCCAAGUUGUUAUGCGGGUUACUGUGAGUACGUCCGCACGAGACCGCCAGGUUCUGGGAUCUUAAAGGUUUGUGAUUCAAUCGAGUGGGGAGUGUGUCGUCAAGCCUGUAGGAGUUAUGAGGGGUGCUCCCUCACAUGUAACCAGCUUGACACUCUGCACUCGUGCAAUCAAACCUGUGAUGGUGGGAAUUGCAAUCUUAAUUGCUCCAGCAUGGAACGCUGCAAUCAAAAUUGCGCCGGUGGGUUUUGCCAGUUGAUGACAUGUAACGCUAAAGUUUGCUUUCAAGUAUGUAAUGGAGGAGAAUGCGGAACCAUGAAAUGUGAAGCGGAGACGUGCGUACAGAUGUGUUUUGGACCAGGAUGCCACAUGACCUGCACGCCAGGCGUCAGGGAAUGUCAUCAAGCUUGUAUGACUAAACAGGGGCAUUGUAUAUUUGACUGUCAUGCAGAAAUGUGCACCGUCUCCCUCGUAUGACGUCGUUAUUUAGACCGUUACCAUGGCUCCGCUAAUGUCAUUGUAACAUCUCUUUUUUUCCUUGUAACCUUAACUUACAUGUACCAGAUAUGGUAUGCUAGUAUAUGUAGUACCACUGCUACUGUUAAAUGAUUUCUAACGACAUUUUUAUUGUACAUUUCCAUGGUGUUAUAUAAUCUUAACUAUGCAAAACAUUUUUGG